AUGGGAACAAAGGCUGUACUUAAAACCAUUCGUCAACAUAUCGAUGCUAAAGAGUUCAACAAAGCAAUGGGAAUUAUAGAGGAUCUAUUAAAACAAGAUGUAUCUGAUUAUUUACUUUUCGUCUUCGCAGCAGUUACAAGUGUAGAAAUUGGAAAUGAUUGCGAAGCUGUUAGUUAUUACAAAAAAGCAAUCAAACUUGAUGCAGAGAAACCUUUAGCAUGGCAAGGACUGUAUAAACUUUACGAACAAGGAAAAUAUGUUGAUUUGGAGCACAUCCUAAUAGUAAUUCAAAAUCUGAUAUGUAUUCCUGGAAUAGCUCCAGAAAAAAUUUCUGCAUAUAAGAGAGAAUUGGGUUUUAUAUUACUGAAAUUGAAGAAGUUUGAUGAAGCUUUUUCAAUUUCCGAUCGAUUAGACGAUGCUGAUUUUUGUUACGAAGCACUAAAAAUGUUACUAUUCACUGAUGAUUGGGAUGGCGAUCGAAAAAAAUUGAUAAAACAAUUUUUAAUCAAAAUCGAUAGUGGCAAAUUGGACAGUAAAAUUCAUCGGAAAUGUGCAAUAUUACGUUGUUCAUGGGCAGAGACACUGGAAGAAAUACGAGAUGUAUUAAACUGGCAUGUUAGAUACAUUUCACUCGAUGAUGAAUGGCUGACUAAUUUAUUGCGAUAUUUUGUUAUUAUCUCCUAUUUGGAGCGACGUCAAGUAGAUCCUUCGAGCGACGUUAUCAGUAUGUUGAGAAAUGCUGUAGAAAAAGAAACAGAAUUCGAACUUCUUCUUGGACAUAUUGAGAAGACAGAAAUGUCAUUAUCGAUCAAAAAUAUUGAUGAAAAUUUGAAAAACGAUACAUGCAAAUGGCCGCAUAUCGGUUUGGCUGUUCCUCUUUUACUUUUUCAAGAACGCUAUGAACAAGUUUUAAUUCUUCUCGAUGUAGAAAUCCCAAAUAUACAUCCUGCAAUUACCAAAGCUUUAAGUGAAGAAAUUUUCCGUGCCAGAUGUGAAGCACUGUAUGAGGCAAGACUUUUAGCUGAAAAUGCUGCAAAAUCCAACCCGAAAUCAUGGCAGUGGCAUUUAGUGCUUGGCGAAAUUUGUUUACUAUUAAAUACCGAAGAUCCAGUUGCUACAUCGGCUCUUGUGAAAGCAGCGAAAUUGAAUCCAUACAGUAGCAAAGCUUUCUUUUUAUUGGGGUCGAGCUUGAAGACUAAAAAUCGAACCAAAGCUAUAGCUUGUUUGGAAAGAGCAGCGAAAAUUCGUCCUCAUGACACGAAGGUUGCGAAGCUAAUAGAUGAGCUACUCAGUUUGGAAGGUCGCAAUGAAGAUUUGAUCAAACAUUUAGUACGAUAUUCGAAAAUGGUACCUAAAGACCUUUGGGCACGGAAAAGAUUGGCAUUAUUGGAGCUUCAAAAUGGAAAUCUUGAUGCAGCAAUUGAUCAAAUGCAGCGCAUUGUUACACUUGAUAAAACAGAUGUUGUGAUUUGGACUGCGCUAGGAGAUGCUUAUAAAAAGCGUGGAAAUUAUCAAAGUGCUAUCAAAGCUUUCAAGGAAGCAAUAAAUCUUGAAUCAGACAAUAAAACUGCUGAAAUUCAGUUUAUUCAAAUGUGCCAAGUUACUGGCCAAUUGGAGGAAGCAAUCGAACACUCUUUGAAAUUGAUAAAAUGUGUUGAAAGUAGCCAAAGUGAUACAAAUUGUGUCUACUUAUUAUAUGUUGAAUCUAUCCUGAAACUAGCUCAAAAAUCGGUGUAUUCUUUGCAAUUUGAUCUCUUAAAUAGAUUUUUUGGCUCUAUUGAAAAAGCUUUUGAUCAAAAUCCAGGGUUUGUAUUACCCUUCAAAUUUGCUGCUGAUGCGCUUUUGCUAGCAUCCAGAUAUCAUAUUGAUACAUUUCAACAUUUCGAAUUUCCUAAAACUUGGAAAAUGGAAUCAGUGCUGGAUGCAAUUGAAUUAGCUAUUCAUUACUAUUGCGUAGUGAUAAAAGCACAUCCGAACUGUGCUAGUGCUUGGAAUGAUUUGGGUAUUGCUUUAUUACGAAAAUGUCAACUAACGAAAGAUAACUCGGGAUACGCAAACUUUGUCGAGUGUUUUAAACGUGCUAUCAGACUUUGCUCAUCAAAAACAGUAAAAUCGAUUUAUUGGACAAACCUAUCGGAAGCGGUUGGAUUAUCAGGAAAUGCCUUGACGGUACAGCAUUGCCUUAUACGAGCCUUGCAGUUAAAUGCAAGGAACGAUAAUGCUUGGUUUUUACUUGGCUUAUUAUAUUUGAAGUUCAGUCAGCAUAAUUUAGCACGACAAGCUCUCAAUAUGGCUCAGAAAAUUAAUCCCGAAUCAGCCGAAGUUUGGUGUGUUUUGGCCACAAUGGCAGAAGCAGAAAAUCAUUAUGAUACGAUGGAUUUAUAUAGACAUUCAUUAACUCUGAGGCCAACUGAACUGGCGGUGAAAAAGUAUACAUAUUAUCUGAUGAAAAUUUUAGCCGAAGGUAAACAGUCUGAUGAUGCAACAAUGUUCGAUUUUGAAUCUGUCCACGAAAUUAUUGCAAUAAGUAAGCGCACUGAUGAAUUUAUUUUCUUCGUAAGCUUACUGGCUGAACAUUUUUGGUAUAUGGAUUAUGCGAUGCAUUACAUCAAUUGUUGCCAUGACUGGCCAAACGAAGAUAUUUGUAAAUUGCAUAAACAACGAAUAAUAUUACGAAGUGGAAAUCAACAUUUGCUGGAAAAAAAAGAUGCGAUCCAAAAUUUGUCAGUUCUGUAUUCAUCUACUACACUUGAGAUAUAUGAGAAAUUGUUGAAAUGUUCGAUUUAUGAACAGCUUUUUUCGGCUCUUGAACGAAAUGAUAUUGAGCAGUUUCGUGCGAUUUCAAUGGAUGUUAAAAAUAAAAUACAAAUUCCUCUUUUUAUUGCUGCCGUUCUUUGUUUCCAGAAAAAACUAAAUGAUGAUUUCGUUAAUGUUUUACGCGAUGUAAGGCCACGUCAUCAGAUUGUCCUUGUUUACUCUACUGGUAAUCGGUGUGAUGAAAAUGAUGAAUUUUCUUAUAAUAUAAAUGAAGAAUUGGGUAACGAAACUAUUGUACGGUAUGAUAAUAUGUCAAAGCGGCUAUGCAACUUACUGGCAUUACGUGUUGAGCAGUACCGUGCAGUGGGACGCAUUUGA